UUCCGAUUUAAAAAUGUAGCGGUCUUCAAACUGGCCGGGUUCGUCGACUUCCGACAUCAUGAUUCGGCUCGGGUUGCUUUGUUCAGUGCUCCUCGCGGUCCGUUUGAACCCCGCCGAGUGCGGAAACGUGAAAUUGCUGAAGUCUUAUUCGUGGCGGAAAGAUGAAAACUCGAACCCCGCGCGGUGGCAAGUAUCGCACAACCGAUUGAAGGAGAGGGAUCGCAAAACGUCGCAGAUCGAAAGCCCCGCCCAGCCCAGGCGGAAACUGAGAUUGAACUCGUCGGAUUUGAUCUUCGCCCACGGACCGAGAAUAAACAUCAGCGGCUUUAAACCGGGCGACGUUAUCAUGGAAACGGUGGUCACCAGUCAGCCGUUGACGUUGGGCGACGACAAUUCGACCCACAAGAACGUGGUCGACUGGUUUUUGGGUAUCGUCGGCUUACGUCCACCCGAUUCGACACCGGAACCCUCCGAACCCCCAUCCAACUGCUCCAAAUGCUCGUGCGGCCUCGCUCUGAAACACAGGCGAAUCGUCGGGGGGGUCGAGACUCUGAUAAACGAGUACCCUUGGAUGGUGGCGCUGCUGUACAACAACCGAUUCUUUUGCGGCGCUUCCCUCAUCAACAAUAGAUACCUCCUCACCGCCGCUCAUUGCGUGAACGGCAUCAACAAGGAUAGACUCACGGCCGUGUUUUUGGACCACGACCGGUCGAACUCGUUCGAAACGACAACUUUUUCGAGAAAAAUCAAAACCGUGUACCGCCACCGGUCGUACGGGGGCGGCGGCGCCUUCAACAACGACAUCGCGCUGUUGAAACUCGACGAAGAAGUCGCGAUGACUGGCGUCAUGCGCCCCGUAUGUUUACCGCCUACCGGCAAGAGCUUUACCGGCCACAAUGGGGUGGCGGUGGGGUGGGGCGCGACCUCGCAGCACGGCCAGGUGUCCACGAAGCUGCGGGAGGUCACGGUGCCGAUCAUGUCGAAUCAGGACUGCAGGAAGACAGCGUACGCCGCCAGGAUCACGGACAAUAUGAUGUGCGCGGGAUUCCCGGACGGGAGAAAGGACUCCUGCCAGGGCGACAGCGGCGGACCACUGCACGUGGUCAACGGGAAAACUCACGAGAUCGUAGGGAUCGUGUCGUGGGGUGAGGGUUGCGCCCAACCCAACUACCCGGGAGUGUACACCAGGGUCAACAGGUACAUUUCCUGGAUCAAAAGCAACACCAAAGACGCUUGCUACUGUUAGUUUUAAUAAAUUAUGUACG